UGGACUCACGCUGCUGGGGAAGUAAUGACCGAGAAAAUACAAAGAGAGGCAACUUUUAACUGAAGAGGAAACCCCAGCCUGGCGUCUACUUUGAUACCAAACAAGGCUGAUAAUAUUUUAACAUUAAUAUCACUGACUUUGGACAGCGUCGUGACUUUGUUUUUUACUCGGAUAAAAAAAGUGGAAGGGCUCGCGCCUGCUGAUGAAAAUGAGCUCCCAGGACCAGGCAGGUGCGUUGACAGGUUAAUUAAACGCUAUUCACGCUAAUUCAAGCCUUGAAGUUAGUGAUAAAAAUGGAGGAUAAACGUUUUCUGCCUAGUGUGAGCCGUGAAAGUCUGUCGUCGUCUGGUUCAGACACCUUGUCUGAGGGGGAAGAAAUGUCUACUGUCAUGUUGGACAUCAAAGUUUCCGCAGAAGAGGAAGAUGAACACGUCUCUGAUUUUGAAAGUGUCACCAAAGAAGAAGAAACAAAGGGCAGGGGAGCAGGGUACGAGAAGGAGGCAGCAGAGGAUGAAGACAGUGAUGAAGACGAGGAUGAAAAGCUGGACCACAUCCUCUACCCUCCCUCCACCUGCCUCAGGAAGUCCAGUAACCCUGAGCUGACGUUUGGACUAAGCCCAGCUCUAAAACUGAAGCGACAUCUCAGCGAGGAUGGGAAACACGUUCGCAGAAGGAGCCUUGGCGGCGGCCUCACAGGAAAAUACCUUCUGCUACCCCCGAACCCUCAGCAGACACAGGCAGCGUGGCAGCCGUCAUCGGAGAUCUCAAACCUGGUCCGGAUGUGUUCCCUGAACCUCGGGAAGUCAGAUCCCUCCCUCACAUCCAGCCUGAAAGAGCUGAGUCUUCCCAGAAGAGGCAGCUUCCUCACUCCUCGAAGCUUGAGCCCCACUCCCACUAGCCCCUGCAGCCCGUGCAGCCCUCUGCACGCGUUUCAUUUCUGGAGCUGCAGGACGAGCAACAGAAAAAGCCUGAUAGGAAGCGGUCAGUCUUCAGGUUUGCCACGGCCUCACUCUCCUUUGUCAUCUCUCACAGGAACGAGCCCUCAAGACAGUCCUAGAAAUUUCUCUCCCAGUGCCUCUGCUCAUUUUUCCUUUGCGCGAAGUCAUUGCCACAGAGCAGACAGGACUGAUGGUCGCCGCUGGUCACUGGCCUCUCUCCCCUCCUCUGGAUAUGGAACCAACACACCAAGCUCCACCGUCUCUUCAUCCUGUUCAUCACAGGAGAAGCUGCACCAGCUGCCCUUCCAGCCCACGCCCGAUGAACUGCACUUCCUCUCCAAGCACUUCUGCACCGAGAGCAUCUCCGGGGAUGAAUGCCGCAGAGCUACAGCCAUGCGACCCCGCUCACGCAGUCUCAGCCCUGGAAGAUCUCCAUCGUGCUACGACCAUGAGAUUAUUAUGAUGAAUCACGUAUACAAGGAGCGCUUUCCUAAGGCCACCGCUCAGAUGGAGGAGAGGAUUCAGGACAUCAUCCGCAGCAGCUCUCCGGAGAGCGUCCUCCCUCUGGCAGAUGGCGUGCUCGGCUUUGCCCACCACCAGAUAAUUGAGCUGGCCCGUGACUGUCUGGAGAAGAGCCGGCUAGGACUGAUCACCUCCAGCUACUUCUGCGAGCUCACUGAUAAGCUGGAGAGGCUCGUUCAGGAGUCCACUGAGAGAUCAGAGAGCGAGGAGGUGAACUUCAUCAGAGAGCUGGUGAAGAAGAUCCUCAUCGUCAUCGCUAGACCUGCACGACUGCUUGAAUGUCUGGAGUUUGACCCGGAAGAAUUUUACCACCUCCUGGAGGCUGCUGAAGGACACGCUAAAGAGGGUCAGGGCAUCAAAACAGACAUCCCUCGUUACAUCAUCAGCCAGCUGGGACUCACAAGAGAUCCUCUGGAAGGUACAGGAAAGAUCGCUCAGCUGACCAGCUGUGACAGCGGGAUUGCAGAGACCCCAGAAACAGAUGACUCUUCUCACAGCCUCAGCACAGCACUGCGGUGUCGGCGUAAACCCUGUGAACUGGACUUCGAGAUGACAAAACUCAUCAGUAACGGUGCCUACGGAGCGGUUUAUCUGGUUCGGCACAAAGAGACAAAGCAGCGGUUCGCCAUGAAAAAGAUCAACAAACAGAACCUGAUCCUGAGGAAUCAGAUCCAGCAGGCUUUUGUGGAGAGAGACAUCCUAACCUUCGCUGAGAACCCUUUUGUUGUGUCCAUGUACUGCUCCUUUGAGACCCGGCGGCAUCUCUGCAUGGUCAUGGAGUAUGUUGAAGGUGGAGACUGUGCCACUCUUUUAAAGAACAUGGGGCCGCUGCCUGUGGACAUGGCCAGGAUGUACUUUGCAGAGACGGUUUUAGCUCUAGAGUAUCUGCACAACUACGGCAUUGUUCACAGGGACCUCAAACCAGACAAUCUCCUGGUCACAUCGAUGGGUCACAUAAAGUUGACAGAUUUCGGGUUGUCCAAAGUUGGCCUGAUGAACAUGACUACCAACCUCUAUGAGGGACACAUAGAGAAAGACGCCAGGGAGUUCUCUGACAAACAGGUGUGUGGAACGCCGGAGUACAUCGCCCCCGAAGUGAUCCUGAGACAAGGCUACGGGAAGCCGGUGGACUGGUGGGCUAUGGGGAUCAUCCUCUACGAGUUCCUCGUGGGCUGCGUCCCCUUCUUUGGAGACACACCGGAGGAGCUGUUUGGACAAGUCAUCAGCGAUGAGAUCAACUGGCCUGAAGGAGAGGACGCCCCUCCCCUAGACGCUCAGGAGCUCAUCACCUUACUGCUCAGACAGAACCCUCUAGAAAGGAUGGGCACAGGAGGAGCUGCUGAAGUGAAGCAGCAUCAGUUUUUUCACAACCUGGACUGGAAUAGUCUCCUGAGGCAGAAGGCUGAGUUUAUCCCUCAGCUUGAGUCUGAAGACGACACCAGCUACUUCGACACUCGCUCUGAGAGAUACCACCACCUGGAGACAGAGGAGGACGACACAAACGAUGAAGACUUCAACGUGGAGCUGCGGCAGUUCUCCUCAUGUUCUCACCGAUUCUCAAAGGUGUACAGCAGCUUGGAUUUGUCCCGCGGUCACCUGGAGGAGAAAGGAGAGACGGAGGGGAAGAAGAGUGAGAGCCCGCUGACGGUCGACUCUCUCAGCUGGACGCCAGACUUCGCUGAAAUGCCCUCCCUGUCCCACUCUACGGACACAGACAGCGUGAAUCAGGGCCCGCGCCCCAACUUGUUACCAAAGUUUGCCAUCUCAGCAGAGAGCGAGGGAGACGAGACCUCCGGCCUCGGUGACCCCAGUAAGACCUCCUUCAGCAUGGCAGAGCUCCCACAGGAUGAGCCCGAUGCCACCACUCCAGGAAGCACCCACAGUGGAGCCACGCUCUCUGGAAGUUUCUCAGAACAUCUGGACCAGCUGACACCCAGAGGUGAGGGGUUAGAGAGCCCUGACUGCCCCACUAACACCUCCACAGAUCAGGCGGCUAACAGCAGCUCUCUACGUCCUGAGAGUGCUGCAGAGAGGACCGGGGCAGUGCCCAAAGUCCCAAAGUCCAUCUCCACCGGGGCUCUGUCCCUCCUCAUUCCUGGAGAUAUCUUUGGGGUGUCUCCGCUGGCCAGCCCGCUGUCUCCUUACUCCCUCUCCUCAGAUCCUUCCUCCAGAGACUCCUCUCCGAGCCGGGACUCCUCCUCACUCUGCACUAACAACCCGAGGCAACCUGUCAUUAUCCACAGCUCAGGGAAGAAAUUUGGAUUCACACUGAGGGCCAUCAGGGUGUAUGCCUGUGAGGGCGACGUCUACACCGUCUACCACAUGGUCUGGAACGUAGAAGAAGGUGGACCUGCCCACAAGGCUGGUCUUAAAGCAGGAGACCUCAUCACUCAUGUGAAUGGAGAACCGGUCCACGGUUUGGUCCACACUGAAGUGGUGGAGCUGCUGCUCAAGAGUGGCAGCAAAGUGGCCAUCUCCACAACCCCGUUUGAAAACACUUCAAUAAAAACUGGUCCAGCCCGGAGGAACAGCUACAGGAGUAAGAUGGUCCGAUGUGCCAAAAAGCCCAAGAAGGAGAAAACACCAGAGAGGCGUCGCUCCCUUUUCAGACGUUUUGCGAUGCAGCCAUCUCCUCUCCUGCACACAAGCCGCAGCUUCUCCUCUCUGAACCACUCGCUGUCCUCUGGUGAGAGUCUCCCCGGCUCCCCCACUCACAGUCUCUCCCCUCGUUCCCCCACUGCCGCCUUCCGCCCCGCUCCAGACUUCACCCAGUCAGGUGGUAACUCCUCCCAGAGCAGCUCCCCCAGCUCCAGCGCUCCAAACUCCCCCGCAGGCUCAGGCCACAUCCGUCCCUCCACCCUCCACGGCCUCGGCCCCAAGCUGCCAGGUCAAAGGCUCCGUCAGGGGCGCCGCAAGUCUGCCGGCAGCAUCCCUCUUUCUCCUCUGGCUCGCACACCUUCUCCCACCCCCCAGCCUACUUCUCCUCAGCGCUCCCCUUCUCCUCUCCUCAGUGGACACUCUGUUUCUAUUUCCAAGACAACACAAGCCUUUCCUGCAAAGAUACAUUCCCCUCCCACGAUCGUACGCCACAUUGUGCGCCCAAAAAGCGCCGAGCCACCUCGCUCACCCCUCCUGAAACGAGUCCAGUCAGAGGAGAAGCUUUCCCCGUCUUACUCUGGAGAUAAGAAGCACCUGUGUCCCAGAAAGCACAGCCUGGAGGUGACACAGGAGGAGGUGCAGGAUGAGGAGCAGAAGGAUUACAACAUCCUUCAGAGUGUGGAGGAAACGGCCUGUGAGCCGCCGCCGAUCACCCGUGUUCGACCCGUGGAGCAGGGUUGCUUAAAGAGACCCAUCACCCGCAAAGUGGGCCGGCAGGAGUCAGUGGAGGAGCUGGAUAAGGAGAAACUGAAGUCCAAAGUGGUUGUGAAGAGGCAGGACUGGUCAGAGAGGAGGGAGUCCCUGCAGAAACAAGACGCCCUACGGGAUUCUGAGUCCUCCCCCAUGGCUGCUGAGGACAAAGAUGAAGGAUUUCUGGGUAGGGGGCUCAACAAAAGUAGCUCAGACUCUGGUCCACUGGAGGCUAAAGCUGCUAGCACCACUCUUAAAGAUGUCCUGUACAAAAAACUCUCCACACGUGCCUCCGAAGGGAUUUCUGACUCAUCAGGUAGCUGUGAAAGUGAGGGCGGACUCCGAUCGACUCUCUGCUCCAUCCACCCAGACUGGCAGCACUCUAGAGCGGGUAAGGAUAACAUGAAACCAGACAGACUGGACUUCAAAGCUCCAAACAUCGAAUUCACCAGGAAGAGGCUCUCCUUCGAAGAACGAGACGACUGCAUGUGCCGCUGCUCCUCCAGCAUCCACGACAGCCUGCACUUCGGCUCCACCAGGUCCAAAAGCCUCCAGCUGGACUCUGCUUUGACUCACGACCACAUGAAGGCCGGACUCGGGAGCGUUCACUCCAGCCCUGAAGGUCUGACGCCGAAGCUGUUCAGCGGCAGAGGAGAAAGCGCCGUGGAAAAGCUGCAGCUCAUCUCGUCUGCAGAAUCCCCACUUCGUAAAACCUCAUCUGAGUACAAACUGGAAGGGCGCCACGUGUCGUCUUUGAGACCUUUAGAGGGGACGCUAGACAUCGGUCUCCUGUCAGGGCCAAGAGUGUCAAAAACAGAGACUUGCCUGUCCAAGAUGGUAGAGAAUACGAAUGAAACAGUUCCUCUGAGCCCUCAAAUCUGGCUCCAGACCCCCACAGAGAGGCAGAUAACCAUCCCGCAUUUGAAAAGUUCAGAAAAACCCAAGAGCCCUCUCGCUUGUUCGCCAAUUUCCGAGGCUGUUUCUUCCCUACAAAGCAUAGUCGCUUCAAAAGAUCAGUCGCAUAACCCACCCACGGACAUGAAAAUCAUUACAAGUGGUGAGAAAACUCAAGACAGACUUCAGGACUCGUUAAAAGCUCAAAGCGGCAAAGCGGAGGCCCCGACAUUUGCAGCAAAACCAGAGAGCAGGACGAGUUUAAAGGCCGGUUCAUCGCUGGCUCACGAACACAGAGCCCCUCGACAUAGCUCCCACUUCUCCUGCGGAAAAACACCCUCAAUACGGGAAGUCAGCAACGAAGAUCAGGAGGAUGAAGCAGAGCAGCAGGAAAUCACAACAAACACUACAUCACAGAGCUCCAAAACAGACGUCUCUUUGACUGCAGCCAGCCUGAAACCUGCAAAGAGUCCGGUUGCUGCUGCCAGCUGUGAGCCAUUACCUGUGUCACUGAAGCAGAGCGAGAACGGCGGUUUGGACACAGGUCAGCGUCAGAGCACGGAGAAGAAAACAGCUUCUGCACAGAACUCAAAUGUGACCUCUCUUUCUGAGGUGAAUGUACAGAACAUCCCUGAACGCGCUCCAGAGAGCGUGCUUUCAAAACAGCCGUUUAACAUCUGCUCUUCACAUACAGAAGCACCAGUUUCUAUCAUAACAUCAGCUAAUGUGCAGGAAAAGCAGGCCAGCAGUUUGAGAGCUAAAAGUGAGGACAGCUCGGAAAAACAUGUCAGUAAGGACAGCGUGCAAGCUAGCAAAGCAGCUGUGAGAACAACGGACGAUAAAAGUGUUCCAACCCUAAAAGUGGAGCAGAAGAAGGAGCUAGCAAAUAUGGUCUCCUUCUUUAAUAAUAUUUCAGGAGAAACUUUAGGUAUAAAUAAAAAGGAUAAUACUGUGUCUGCCAGUGCAAUAGGAAGCAGCAGCAUAGCUCUGCAGAAAAAAGAGGAUCCCACAUCACCAAAGACAAAGAAUGUGAAAGAUUCAGAGCAGCAAUCGAGAACUAACUGUCUGGCUGAAAAAGCACAAAACAAACCAUCUGAUUCAAACUCUAAGAAAGAAGAGGCAAAACAGAAAAGUUCAGCUUCAAAUGAGAAUGCUUUAAGUCCUAAAACCAAGCCAAGGCCUGACACACAACCUGUAGCAAAUGCCGCUGUGAAGACCGAGAAGGAGGCAAAACCUGCCUCUCCGAUCGCAGCACUCAAAGGCCAAAGUCCGACCUCGAAACAGAGAGAUCUGUCUAAAGAAUCUGCACCGUUAAACCCUAAUAUUCAACGAAAAGACACCCCAGAAGUAAAGCGGGAAGAAUCACCAUCUGCUAAGGAAACCCAGCCCAAAAACUCUGUAGCAACAGCUCAAACUCUAAAAGAAAACGUUGACUCAAAGCCAAAAUCUCUCUCUCCUAAAGCUGUCCCCUCUACGAGUCUGAAACCUUCUGUAUCUCCAGCACCUUUUGUUAAACAAAAUCCUGAUACCAAACAGAAAGACCCCUCACCUAAAAAGCAACCUCCAGUCAUUAAAAACAACCAAGACACAAAAUUAAAACACGUUCCUUCACCUUUAGCUGCACCUCAGCCGGUGUCAGAUCACCCCUCCCAGCCUGAGCCCCCUCCAGUGCUGCCCAAACCCACGGUGAAAAAAGAAACCAUCGGCGCCAUUGCAAGCAAAAUCUCCAGCUUUCCAACCCAGGAGACACUAAACAAGGUAUCCAAGGAAGGCCAGAAGGAUGGUAGCAAAGGCCCUGAAACCAGAACCAACACCACCCCUGACAAACAGGCAGCCUCUGGCAAGAAGGAGCCGCCUGAGAGGAAGAAAAAAGAAACAGUCCAAGAGGUCACAUCGGCACAGAAAAACACAAAAAGAGACGCAUCCCGAACUGCUCCUCCUGCUCAGAAAGACAGUUCAGAUAAAGACUCGGGGAGGGGGAAGCAGCAGAAAGAGUCACCACGGAGCUCAGCUAACAAAAAGUAAAAGAGGGAAUUAAAAAAAAAAAAAAAAGGCGAUGUAUUAACAUGUUUGAUAUGUUUUGUGCAAACAUCAUCAUGCCUUCUUUUUUGUUUGAGGACCGGGCAAGCUGUUACAUACUGAUAGGAAGGAAGGGCGAGAGUGUGUGUGUUUCUAGCGUGUGAAUGUAGGCAAUCAUUUGCUCUUAGUAGACCAGAUUCCCACGGAGGCCAUGUUCCUGUGGCACCUAACUUCAGGUAGGAAACUUAAAUGUGUUGUUGUCACACUGUAUAAACAUCAAGAUUCUGAUGACUGUUUAUGUUCCCUUACUGAAAAGGAGCUACAAAUAUGAUGGAUACGAAAAAUCCAAAAGGAGAUCGGACCACAUUUCAUACUAAAAAACAUGGAAACUAACAUUAACAUUCAGCUACUUCCUGGAUAACAUUUAUGUUUGAUUACCAAGUAUAUAAAAGAAAAGGCCGGCAUCAAUUCAAGAUAUUAUCUGUAUUUUGAACAACUUUAUUGCAGCCUCCCUUUGUACUGCACUCUCAACAUCACAUUACAGCUGUGUAGCUUUACUCUUAAGGUCUACUCAAUUUUCCUGUUACCAUAAUUGAUGCAGAGAACUAUUCCUGUGAACUUAUAUUUAGGCAAAUUUAAAAAAUGAAUUUAAAGGAUCCCUUAAUUUUUAAAGAAAUUUGAAAUGUAUAAGAUUCUUAAGUUGUAAAUUUACAUAAAGUUUAAAAAGUCAUAAUUCUUUACUUGAUAUACUCAUUGAUUUAUAACACUAAAAAAUGGGGAAUUUAUGAGGGACAAAACAUAAAACACUGGUUGGAGCAGAGUCAUCUCUCCCUCAGUGUGUCGUUUUCCUCUGAAUAGUGCCAGUUUCUCUUAAAAGUCCAGACGCCACUGAUAAUGUGAUAAUUGUGGGCUGCUAUCACAGUUUGCGUUGUUGUAAAUUAAUAACUCAAUAAUUCCAGAAAUUUCAUGUUCUCUUGAAAAUUAAAAGAUCCUUUUUCUUUGUUUGAGUGGCUAUAAUAUAUAUCCCCCUCCUUAUCCCAUCAAUAAAUAUUCUUAUGAAUAAACCACGAUCCCAAAAAAGGAUUGAAUGACUAACCAGUGUGACGCUAAAACAAUUUAUGCAGAAGCUAAGUUACACCAAAAGGCAUUUCUUAAGUAGUCCGUAGUCUUAAGUUUCUUAAGUAGUUAUUGCUGUGGAAAGAUUAAUAUAUCUAUAUGUCUUGCUUAUCGAUGCAUUGAUGAUACAUAGACAUUCAGUGACAGCUGAGCUUGAAGGUCUAGCUGAAGUUACACUGAAAGUGUAAAAUCAUCGAGGGAUUUCAGCAGAUACUGUAUUUUCAUAAUAAAUGUUGUGUCUUUGAUAGAUUCAAGCCUUUUCGUUGGUUUGGAUCAGACACAUUAAUGCCAACAAAGACCUGGCUUAAUGCUAAUGUUAGCUUCGAUCUCAUGGUAGCUGAUGGAUCGGUGAAUAUGUUUUAUAGUUUGAAAUGUGGUCCAAUCUUUCUGGAUUUUUCUUGGUAUUCUGUGUCUUUAUUGAUGCUUUUUGAUCGGGAAACCAAGGGAAAAAGUCAGAAUUGAGAGUGCACAGAUGCGUUUGUUUACCAUCAGUAUCGGCUGAUAUCGGCCCCUCUUAGCCAUCUGCAAAUCUGUGGCAUUAGCAGAUAUCAGUAGGCAAAGUUUCCCUGUUGUGUCCAAUCAAUCAAUAUAUGGGCAUCUAGUAUGUCUAACUGCUGGAUCUAAUAAGAAAUUUUUUCUGGGCAGAAGUAGGAACCUACUGGAUUAACUCUGAUCUGUUUUCAUGGUUAAACUGAAGAAAAGGUCAGUGAUCUUACACCUAAAGAAAUCUGAUUUUUACAGAUCUCAUCAUUUAUGUGACACACAUGUUUGGCAUGAUAACAUCUGAGUUUCCUACCCUGUCACAGCUGCAGUGGAAAUGUGGUUUAUUUCUGAUGUUUUUUUUACUUUUUAUGUGAAGUGAAUGUUUGGAUGUUUUCUGUUUCUCGCUUUGUGCAAUCAGGAGGCGACAGACAGGGACGUAUAGCCUUACUAAAGGUUGCGAUGUACUGUAGAGUCAGUGCCAUAAAUGAUUUUUUGAAUUGCACUCUUAAACUUGUAGACUCGGAGGACCUGAUGUCUUUUAAUGCAGUAGACCACGCGAUUUAGCAGCUCUAUCAUGAUUGUUUCUGUUCCUUAAAUUAGACGUUUUUUUUUUAGGUGGGGUUGGGUGCAGUGGUACACCGAGGGAACUCACUUUAUCCUGCACUUAAAAAACUGAAUAAAACUACAGAAUCAUCUCAUGGUUCUAGAAAUUAAAAAUUAGCGACGGGGCCUUAGAAUAAUGGGAUUUAAAAAUCUUGCUGUUCUUAGCAAGGUGUUAAUGGUGUUAAUUCACAUUCCUCUGACAUCUGUACAUAUAUUUUUUGAUUUUUAUGCAAUAGGGGUGUAAAUAUGACUACACUGUAAAACUGGGAGACAUGGGGCUUACAUGAUUGUCAUUUGUAUCAUAUGUAUAGAUUUUGCAGCGUAAUAGAGUACAAUGUUCUGCUUCUGGUCUAAAGUAAGCUACCGUGAUGUGUCUCGUCAAAGGCAUCCUCUUCUUCGUGACCUUUCUCAUGUUCCAAAACUAACUUGAAGAAAAGAGAGAUGUAUUCAAAAGGACAUGAGGGGGAUAUUUCUGAAAAUGUAGCAUAAAAUGAGAAAACUGUGAGGGCUUUUAGCUUUCCUAAGAAUGUCUUUAUUGUUGACGAUGUGUUGGCUGGCUCACUACUAUUUGAGUUAUCAAAUAUGUGUACAAAACAAGAUUGUGUUCCUAAAACUGCAUUUCCACUGAAAUAAGCAGGAACUAUUUGUCUCUUCAAGGGCUCAAAAGGUUUUUUGAAAUCAUUAUUGUCUGUAUUUUCGCUAAGUUCCAAAGACCUGUGAAGCUAAAUCAAACGUUAGCAGCUGUGAACAAUAAGGUGACUCCCACCCCAUAAGUCCAUGUACUAUAAAAGUACUAGGUCUCUAAUGGGAAGUUUUGUGGAGAUAAAACUCUAGUUUCUGCACUGGAAAAACACAUGAUUAAAACUACAUAAUACAGGUCUGGAAGCAGAGUUCUAGAUCUCUAGUAGGAACUUUUGGGGGGGAAUAAAACCCUAGUGGAUGCACAGAUAAUGGUGUAAAUAUAUCAAGUACCUUCUAAGUUCUUGGUCCCUGGGAAAGGUUCCUGUAGUACUAGGUGGAACUGCCCUUGAAGCAGAGAAAUCAUUCUCUAAAAUACACUUUUUGGGGUUAAAACCCUGGUUUCUGCAAUGAAACGACACCAAGUACCCUUUAAAGUUCUUGGUCCCUGAGUAGUUCCUUCACUGCACAAUAGUACUGAGCCUGUAAAAGAGUAAUAGUUCUCUAACAAGAUUUUUUUUUUUUUUUUUUGUCAGAUAAACCCCUUGUUUCAUCAUCAGAAACACACCAAGUCCUCUAGGUCAAGGUCUAGGUCCCUAGUUCCUUUACCCCUACACAAUACAUGCCCUGUAGCAGAGUGCUAGCUCUCUCACAGGAGCUUUUUAUGGAUUUAAUACCCUGGUUUCUGCAAUGAAACAGCACAAUAUACCUUCUAAAGUUCUUGGUCCCUGAGCAAAGUUUCUUUACUACACUAUGGCACUGCCCCUGAACCAGAGAACUAGUUCUCUUGCGGGAUUUUUGGGGGGAUAAACCUCUAGUCUCAUCAUAAGAAACACAAUAAGUUCACUAAAGUUCUAGAACAGGGCCUGUAGCAGAGUACCAGUUCUCUUACAGAAACUUUUUCAUGGGUUUUAAAACCUACUUUUUGCAAUGCAAAUAUGCCAACUACCUUCUAAAGUUCUUGGUCCCUGGGAAAAAUUCCUUCUCUAUUAUAUCCCAUUGGCCCUGUAGCCCAGUGCUGGUUUCUUUUACAGGAACUUUUAAGGGGUUUAAAACCUAGUUUCUGCAAUACAAUAAAUAAAGUACCAUUUAAAUUUCUAGGUCCUGUGGAAAAGUCCCUUAACUACGUUAUAGUACCAGGCAUGUUGAAGAGUACCAGUUCUCUUCCAGGAACUUCUUAGACAUUUGAAACCUUGUUUCUGCAAUGCAAACAAACCAAGUACCUUGGUUUUUGGUCCCUGGGAGAAGUUCAUUUACUGGCACUGUAGCAGGAACUUCUUGGAGGUAUAUUUAAGGCCUUAAUUUAUGCAAUGGGACCACUUUAGAUUAUUUUUGAAGUUUUGUGUCCCUGGGAGAAGUUCCUGCAGUGGAAAUGCGGCUUUUGGUCAAUUGACCAUUUUAGCAUGAUGGCCUUUUUUUUCUCUUGACACCAAGCUCAAAGUAUAAAGCCCAAAGUAUUAGAAAAUCUGACAACUUUGAGACUUGCCUCUUGGAACACACGCGUGACAUUGAAAUAGAAUUUGAGCUUGCCAUCUUGAAUGUGAUGUCAGAAAAAUGGCUGCCAUGCGAACAUGGUGAAACAGAUGAGCCAGUAGUCCUGCGUUUGUUUUCAGGUUAUUAUUGCUGUGGAUUUCUGAAGGAUGUUAUCUCCGGUCAUGUCUGUAUUCAAAAUGAACUGUAAGAGAAAAAAGAGAAGGCUUUUAAAUUUAAGUACACAGGGUUUCUAAGGAUUUUGAUGUCAGGUUUCCGUCUCUGUGUUGUGUUUUGAUCUCUUUAUAACGAGCAGCGGCUUAAAGCUUCACAAGAGUAAAGAUUUUAUACGAGGAAUCUUCAUAAUUUGCAUUGCAAAGUUCACAACAUUUAAUGUUAGUGUGCAAAUACUUGGUACUACACAUAGAGCCUCAUAUAUCCGCGUUCACUCUGCAGUUUACUCGCUCAUGCAAACACAUUUCUAUACUGUAGAUGCCUUUUUUAAAAUUUCACACCCUAAAGGAGAACAGGAAAGUAGCUGAGAACACUACGUAUGUUAUUUGCUCUGUUGUGUUGGUCAAUUAAAAACAAUAAUCAACAAAUUCUUCAUUUAAUAUAACAGAAUAUAUCUAUGUCCUUAAGAGUGAAGCUGAAAUAUGAGCUUGCAGAGAUUUUAAAAAGGACUGAUGUUUAUGUGCAUUAGAAAUAAAUGUAAAUGUAUUGAUGAUGUUAUUCUAAGAAAAGAAAUGCACCUUAAUGUUUGCCGGUUUUCAGUUCAGAGGAUGAAAAAAAGAGGAACUGAAACGGUUGAUAAAACUCCCUCUUCAGAUUGAAAUCAGUUUCAUUUGAACAUUUGUCUUUUCUUUCCUGUGAGACCGACAUUUAAAUCCUCAAAGCACAUUCAAUGUUUGUUUACAAAGCAUCAUGGAUGUAUAUUUUGUAUAUUGUUGAUUUGCCAAAUCUCUGUUCUGUGUCACAGAUAAUGUUGUUUCUAGUAGGAUGUUCACUGAGAACAUUUGUUUGUGCAGUAAUCAACGUCUUUUCACGUCAGGUUUCUUCUUUUCUUCGUCUGCUCGUCUUCUUGAAUUUUUUUUUUCUUUCUUCCUCUGUGCAAAUCUAGUAUUAGAUGACCUUACGCUUACGAUGGUUUGUCUUUUAGAACAUGUGCAAUAAAAGUGUUUUGAGUUUUGUAUUUUGCCCAAGGAAAGCUCUAUGGAUGUCAUAGAUGUUGUAUAUUAAAACAGAUAUUUAUACUUCUAAUGUUGCGUAAUAUUGAAAAUAAAAUGGAAUUAUAAAUGAA